GGUUAACACUUAAAUAAUUUGAAUUUUUUAAGAUUUGUAAACUCCGUCGCGAUAAAUAGGUUGUAGGUUUCAUUACAUGAUAUAUGAGCAUGUCUAUUGUAAAUCUAGUUGGCAAUGUUUUCUUCAAAGGGAAAGUCAAUAAAUACACCGAAAAGAAUUAGAAUGUUGUUCGUGUGCUAUGCAUUUUCUGUUCUCAUAGUUCAUUGCUCCGGCAUUGCAGACGAAUAUUACGAUGACCACAACCUCGAAGACGUCCCGAUAUCUUUAAACAACGUGUCCGAUUCGCGCAGACUUGGAGAUGAUAACUUACAGAACACUACAUUAGAACAAAAUGAUACUUUAAGAGCUAAGAAUCAAGAAGACAACUAUGAAAGUGACGAUGAAUUCAAAAUAUUUGUCGGUAACCAAAAUUAUGACGCAUACAAAAAAGAAAAAAUUAAACUUAAAUCGCAACUCACUACCGUCAAAGUCUCUACAAUUCCACGCCGUUUAUCGUACAAAAUAGAUCCUAAAGAUAAGACUCCGUCAGAACUUCAUUUCUUAAGCGAUUAUGAGUAUGUUUAUGAGGAUGAUAAUGAACACCAAUCGCUAAAAGAUACCCAAAAGCCGUCAACCACCACAGAGACCAUGAAUAAUACUGAAGAAAACAAGACCAAAGUGUUUCUCACAGAUUUCUACAAUUUAGAACCAGCUGCUGUUAUCCCGGAAUUAAAUCAAACUUUUUUACCAAACAAGAAUAUGUGGUAUGUACCUGAAAAAUACCCUUGUUGGCAAUUACCUAUUCUAUACGGAGAAUUAGGCAGGAGAAAGAAAACUUCAAAUAUAUUUCUAGUCAAAGGUGGAGACUUAAAAAAUGUUAACAUACCGGAUAAAGACAAGCUGCGUAAAUAUAUGCUUAAACCCGAUGUGCCUACUGUAUCGUCUCUCAAUAAAUGGUGCAGCGUAGAACCAUGCUAUGGUGAUCAUACACUUUGCCUUUUCACUGAAAAUCAUGUUUCAAAAGUAUGUGACGAAAAUUAUCGUGUACAUAAACCUACCAUACUAGAGCAUAUCGCUAUAGUCAAUACAGUCAACGCUAUGAGAAAUCGUAUAGCUAAUGGAGCUGCAGAUGAAUAUCCACAAUUGCCGGCCGCAAAGAAUAUGAAACAAAUAAUAUAUGACUAUGACCUAGAGAAGAUGGCUGCAGCCUGGCUUCGCCAGUGCCUGCCCGGUCCGCCUCCAUGUUCUGCUUUGGACGAGCGCUACGUAUCGCAACUCGAAUGUACGAAAUACGCAGACGAAUGCUGCGUUAACUCAUAUAAAAUCGACCCAACAUCUAAAUGCAUACCUAAAGAUGAGUGCUUCGUUUCGGCUGUAACUGGGUGUAUUUAUGCUUGGUUUCUGAGCGCUGGAAAUAAAUUAAGUGAAAAAGACAUAGAAUGUGGACAUAUAGAACCCUCGACAUAUAACACAGUUCAAUUAAUCUGGGCCGAUAGCAAUAAAAUUGGUUGCGCGUAUGGGGAAAGACCUAAUGGUGAUAUCAGAGUAGUGUGUGACUUCGCACCGGGUGCUCCAUAUUUCUUGACUACAAAAUAUUACUGUGGAUUUAUCUUGCACCGUGAUAUAACAGAUAUUGUGGGUGCUGAUGACGACUCCGAUCUUACAGAUUUGACAUUUUUAUCUUCUUUGGGACUUGAUAUACAUAGCGUAACUCAUGAACACCCAAAACAAAAUUCACGCGUAUUCGACAUUGCACCUAAACACCCAAGAAAAUCUUGGAGCUUGGAUAGUUUACAGAAUCUAUACUCAGAUCUUAAUUUGAGAGAAGUUUUGAAUGAUUAUUCUAGUGGCACAAGAGGAUCGAUAGCAAAACUUGUGACAAGGUACAGAUUUUUUGAAGAAAGCCAAUCAAGAUGUGACACUGAUGAGCCCGUGUACGUCGCGGGGAAUCCAGGGUCGUUGUGUAUUGAAAAAGGCAGAAGAUUUCGCGCUCUAUGCUAUGACUUCCGAGAUCCCACGCCUGGGUAUAGACUAGUCGCUGUCGUUGCACCAGCCGCAUUGUUUUCUUUAAUUCUGUACGACCUGUUUAGCGGUGUGGUAAGACAGACCAACUACUGACCGUGAAAAUGUAAUUAAGGUCACGCACGAGUUUGUAAUUCUUUUGCCUGGUAAUAAAUGUCAAGAUCUUG